CACACACACACACACACACAUCCAUACAUACAUACAUAUACGCGCACAGGCUAAUAAAACUAUUGUUAUUUUGUUGACACACAGUGAAGACAAAGUGAUAUUGUGUAUUUAUCGACAAAUUUAAUGAGUAAGGUGAUGUCUUGUUACCUACAGUAGUAUUCGAUAGCCAUUCUAAAUAGCUCAACAUCGCCAUUGCCACAUUUUCCGACGUGACACCGGUCCAGAAGUGUCGAGCUUGCUUCGGAAAAUCGGAUCCUGGCGCUAUAACAACUGACCAAUCACAGUGCCAGAUUUCGACAGACAACCAAUCAGACGACCGGGCAAUUGAAAUCUACGGGGCAUAUCAUUAGCGGGUGCUAUAAAUUCGCUCUCCACAAUCUGCCGACUACUCUUAUUGUCGUGCACUUCGGCGUAGACAAAGUUUAUUCGACAUGGCACGUACCAAGCAGACCGCCCGUAAGUCCACCGGUGGCAAGGCCCCCAGGAAGCAGUUGGCAACCAAGGCCGCUCGCAAGAGCGCCCCGGCUACCGGCGGCGUCAAGAAGCCUCACCGCUAUAGGCCCGGCACCGUGGCCCUGAGAGAGAUCCGUCGCUACCAGAAGUCGACGGAGCUGCUCAUCCGCAAGCUGCCCUUCCAGCGCCUGGUGCGGGAGAUCGCCCAAGACUUCAAGACCGACCUGCGCUUCCAGAGCUCGGCGGUCAUGGCUCUGCAGGAGGCCAGCGAGGCUUACCUGGUCGGUCUCUUCGAGGACACCAACCUGUGCGCUAUCCACGCCAAGCGGGUUACGAUCAUGCCCAAGGACAUCCAACUCGCACGCCGCAUCCGAGGGGAACGUGCAUAAGCUGGAUCGGAACAAGAGUCAAGACAACCCCGGCCCUUCUCAGGGCCACACACAUAUCCCAGAAAGAUCUACAUCGUUCACAUUUCUUGAAUAACGAUACCCUUGCCAAUAAACACACAACAGC